AUGAGUGUGUAUCAUCAGAUCAGUGCGUUGACACUGUGUGGGUUAUUUAGGUAACUGCGUCUUUUUAGCUACCAGGCAGCCAGAAAAAGGCAUGCGCAAGACCUCAGGAUAAUGCAAGGACACAGAAUUUGGGUGAUUUUGGCCUUAACUUGGCUUUUUUGCUCUGAAUCACAUGCAAAUGAUGAGACCAGGCUUCAGUGUGAUGAUCAAAGCGUGGAAGAUAUUGUGUCGUCAGUUCUUUUAGAACACAAUAAACAGUUAACUGAAGGAAACCAGCUUGCUCUAUAUCAGAUCCUUAAGGCUAUAAAGCUCAAAAAUGAAUCAAGUGAAUUUCUUUCAGUACAUUUUACAGCAAGGGAAUCUGACUGUGCAGUAGGAAAUGAGAAAACCUGGAAGGAGUGUGACUACUUGCAAGAUUCCUCAAAGCCGAUCAAACAUUGUCGUGCAAGACUUCAGCUGAAAGAAACAAACGAGAUCUUGGCACAUCACUGUUCAGUGGAGCCUCCUAUCAUUGUAGGACCCCGUCGCCCAUGUCUGGGCUGCCCUGAGAAUAUCAAAAUCGACAGUGAGGAUAUUAUUGAGCCUCUGAGCUACUCCGUUGCCAAAGCCAACAUAAAUAACCAGCAUACACAUCAUUUCCUCCUCUACAAUGUUGCCUGGGCUACAAGACAGGUGAUAGCUGGAUUCAGAUAUCGGCUGCAGUUUGACAUGGAAAAAAGUAACUGCACUAAAGAAAACUUUAAGGACAUCACUGAGGAAUGUCACCCUGACCACGCAGAAUCAGUGUUAAUCAAAUGCAACUCGACUGUGGAUGUGGCCCCAUGGAGACAUGAGCUUCCUGACACUAGUGUGAAUUGUGCACCUUUACAUAUGAGAUUUGCAACACGCCGACGUCCUCCAGGUUGGAGUCCACUGAGGACCAUACACAACUUUCAGGUCACAUCUAAAAAGCAGGAAUCAUCUGAAGAAUCCCAGGAGGGAAAAGCAAAGCAUGGCUCACCUUCAGACCCAAACCCGAAUCCAGAGCCUAAGCUCUCUCAGGACAUAAAGGUCACAGUUAGUAAUACCACUUCCAUUAACUGUCCCAGCAAACCAUGGAAAGAUUUUGCUGUUGAUCUUCUUCCUCCUCCCCCUCCUCCUCCUCCUCCUCGUCCUCGUCCUGAUCCCCUUAGUGAAAGUGAUCUGGUUACUGGGUAAUCAAUGUUUACAAUAUCUACAGUCAAAUCCCUCUUUUAUCUAAUUUUGAAUAAACUUUUUCAGACAUUUCUUUACAUAUUACAGCAGUGAUGCGAUGUGAACUAGUAUACUUAUGUCUCAAUAAAGAGGAAAAUACAUAACUUUA